GAGCGCAGUCUGCACAGGAGAGGGUGGAUAGCUCUGUCAACUCUUUGGCAAGUCAAUGAAGGUUCUCGCGAGGCUAGAAAUGGUGCAGACUUGGAGGCAAUCUUCCAGUCCGAUCAAUAGUCCAAAACAAUUCUUGCGAGCAUUUCUGCUCCAUGCUUCCAGAUGGUCUAACGUAGAUAGAAUGCCAUUAAGAUCAUCAGUCGCUUAGUCGAUGCGUCCAGGUUGCGGAGUUGCUCCAAGUCUGCUGCAUAAAACAGAUCCAGAUUUUUUGGGCCUCGUGUCCGUCCCGAUGAUAGGUGGCCCAUAUUUCCAACAUCGCGUUACCAUGGCGCCCAAUAUUGAGCCUCACUGAGCCUCCCUGAGCCUCAUUCCCAGUAAUCGACAUGAUUGUGAAAGUGUUGGUGGUUGGAGCAAGGAGAAUUCAUGUCGUCGUCGUUGAGCGCGCGCAGAUAAUGCGACCGGUCAGCCGUGCCCGCGGGAGUCAACACGGCCGCGUUCCCGCCUGGGAGGUCCGAGUCGGUGUGGAAAUUGUCUGUGAAGGUCGAGAAAUUCAGCUCUCAAUAGAGGUCGUCGAGUUUGUUCCGUUAACGGGUGUGUAGAAGCCGUGGUCGUGUGUGCUGUGAGAGAGAAC